AUGGCACGUGUGGCCAAGAGAGCGCCUGAGCCUACUACUGCUGGAGCAGCAGCAAGAUCCAAGCAGAGGAAGUGUACAGCUUCCUGUAGUCGAAGGUGCAAGUACUCCAACAAGGGUCGAAGGUGCAAGUACUCCAGCAAGAACCAACCUGCUUCGCGUCGCAAAAGCUGUGCUGAGAUAACGAAAAAGGGGAAGAAAGGGUUUCAACAGGCAUCGAAAGUAAAGAAAGCCAUCAAAGUAAGAAUUCUUAAAGAAUCUAGUCGAAAUGCUCUAGCAUUAGUCAUCCAUGAGCAAGUGAAUGAGAAUGUCAACUUGACACCACCAGAAGUUCUACAGUGCCCUGAAAACUCCCCAGUUCCUAAUGAAGACCUGGCCAGUUCCUAGGCUCCAAAUGGGUCCAAAGACCUAAGAAACAUCAGUGAAUGGGUCUAGGAGCUGAGCCUUCCGUUAUGAUAUCACUGGCAAAAUUGACCACAUGACAGUUGUAAGAUGGUGACAAUAAAAUCAAUCAUAAUGUGA